AUGGCUGGUACUACUGGUAAAGGGUUUUACGUGGGUAUGGUGCUUGGGAUGGUGAUGAUGAGUUCCAUGGCGGCUUCAUGUGCUGCAAACUUCUUCCAAGACACAGAACUGACAUGGGGUGGUGAUCGUGGGAAGGUACUCAAUGGAGGCCAGCUUCUAACUCUUUCUCUGGAUAAAUUCUCUGGCUCUGGCUUCCAAUCCAAGAAGCAGUUCCUUUUUGGGAGGAUCGAUAUGGACAUCAAGCUUGUUUCUGGCAAUUCUGCUGGCACCGUUACCACUUUCUACUUGUCUUCAGAAGGACCAAAUCAUGACGAGAUUGACUUUGAGUUCUUGGGAAAUGUAAGUGGGGAUCCUUAUAUUCUUCAUACCAACGUCUUCGCUCAAGGCAAAGGCAACAGAGAGCAGCAAUUCUAUCUCUGGUUCGAUCCUACCAGAAACUUCCACAAAUACUCUAUUGUCUGGAAGCCACAACACAUUAUAUUCUUGGUAGAUAAUAUUCCCAUUAGGGUUUUUGAGAACGAGGAGUCUAAAGGCGUUCCCUUCCCUAAGGACCAAGCCAUGAGGAUGUAUUCGAGCCUCUGGAAUGCUGAUGACUGGGCCACCAGAGGUGGUUUGGUUAAAACAGAUUGGUCUAAGGCUCCUUUCACAGCUUAUUAUCGCAACUUCAAAGCCACAGAUCUCAUUUCUUCGUCUUCUUCCUCAGACUCGUUCUCUGAUUCUAAAGUGCAAAGCAAUGAGAUUGAUGCUAAUGGCAGAAGAAGACUGAGAUGGGCGCAGAAGUACUUCAUGAUCUAUGACUAUUGCACCGAUCUCAAACGAUUCCCUCAAGGCCUUCCUCCUGAAUGCAAACGUUCCCGCUUCUAAGUCUCUCACAUUUACUGCUUAAUUUGUUGAUGCUUUUUGUCAAUAUGUUUCGAUUUAAUAAUUAUUCUUUUUCAUGAAGCGAAAUAAAUUUAU